AUUUCUUAUUCUGACAUUCUACCAGUAAUCUGUACACUGCGUUCCGAGUUUGGCUAUUCUCUGUUUGUAUUGUAUCAACGCAGUUUUAAUUUAGUGAUGUUCUAGAAAGUCCAUUCCAACUACAAUUAAUUAUUACUUAGGAAAUAAUAAGUUUAUAUAUACAAAUUAAGUUGCAAGUGUUAAAACGAUAAAAAAAACGUUAUUCAGUGCUAAAAAUUUUGCAAAAGAGACUAGCAAAAUAUAAAAAUCAAUGUUUUGUAGCGAUGUGAUAUGAGUCAACAUUAACAUUUUCUUCUACUAUUGAUUUUAUACUAAAAAAAUAUAUUACAUUUAAAAUGAGACAUUUACAAUUUUGAACAAGUGCUUACUAUGUUUUUCCCUGGAGAUCUUGUUUUAAGAACUCCUGCGGAGCGGAUUGCAAGAGAGCAAACUGGUGCAUGCCUUAUAAAUAGCGCACAGAGAAUAAAAUUUGCAAGUAAAUCAUGCAUGUCAAUUUGCUUCACUUCAUGCCUGUAACUUGCAAGAAAGCAUAAUUAAGCCAUGAUUACUAAAGCAAAUCAUUACAAACAGGAUGUAAAUACAAGUAGACAUGCACAAUCGGUGGUAGCAUGCCUGGCUUUGCUUUCAUAAAUGUUUUUUUUUGGCGUUCGGCUUAAAACCCCACCUGAUAGCGCAUUGUAUUAGGUCACAUGGAAUGCCUAUUUUUCAUAUAUGUUCAGUAUUUAUAUUAUGAAAAGUGAAAAUUGGUGUGAUACAAAACAUUUUCAAUCUUACGUUUUUCACUCACUUCGUCAGUUUUAAAUAAUUAUGGUAACAAAAAUUACACACUAGACAGUGAUGUCGGUGACGUAGUUAUGUCGGCCGCCGCGGAGACGCCGCCGGCGUCGAGCACGCGGACUCCUGUCGCGGCGCAAGUGAGCACGCCAUCGGGGCGUCAACCAGUGAAGAACACCGUGCACUGGUUCAGGAAGGGGCUCCGACUUCACGAUAACCCGGCUUUACGGGAGGGCCUCACCGGCGCAGCAACGUUUCGAUGCAUUUUCAUUAUCGAUCCAUGGUUCGCAAGUUCGUCGAAUGUUGGCAUCAACAAAUGGAGAUUUCUUCUACAAUGCCUAGAAGAUUUAGACAACAAUUUGAAAAAGUUGAAUUCACGGCUUUUUGUCGUGAGAGGCCAGCCGGCGGAUGCGUUACCAAAACUGUUUCGGGAAUGGGAAACAACCGCACUCACAUUCGAGGAGGAUCCGGAGCCGUACGGUCGCGUUCGAGACCACAACAUAACGACCAAAUGUCGCGAAGUUGGCAUAAAAGUCACUUCCAGGGUCUCGCACACACUGUACAAGCUGGACAACAUUAUAGAACGCAAUGGAGGCAAAGCACCAUUAACGUACCACCAGUUCCAAGCACUGAUCGCGAGCAUGCCUCCACCGCCGCCGGCUGAGCCCGCCAUAACGGCGGACAUGCUCAACGGUGCCAUCACCCCACUCGGGGCCGAUCAUGAAGAUCGCUUCGGUGUACCCACCCUCGAAGAGCUUGGCUUUGACACUGACGGACUCAAACCUCCACUUUGGAUCGGUGGUGAGAACGAGGCCUUAUUGAGGCUGGAAAGGCACUUAGAGAGAAAAGCGUGGGUGGCUUCAUUUGGACGACCGAAGAUGACGCCGCAGUCUCUGCUCGCUAGUCAGACAGGAUUAUCGCCUUACUUGAGAUUUGGGUGCUUAUCCACAAGGCUAUUUUAUUAUCAACUGACCGAGCUGUAUACAAGGGUAAAGCGAGUUCUACCGCCGUUGUCAUUACACGGCCAAAUACUGUGGAGGGAAUUUUUUUAUUGCGCUGCGACUAAGAACCCCAACUUUGAUCGAAUGGAAGGGAACCCGAUAUGUGUACAGAUCCCUUGGCAGAAAAAUCAAGACGCUCUCUUGAAGUGGGCAAAUGGCAAAACUGGUUAUCCAUGGAUAGAUGCAAUAAUGAUUCAGUUACGAGAAGAAGGUUGGAUCCAUCAUUUAUCGCGACACGCAGCUGCGUGUUUCCUCACGAGAGGCGACCUCUGGAUCUCAUGGGAGGAAGGCAUGAAGGUAUUUGACGAGCUGCUCCUGGACGCCGAUUGGUCGGUUAAUGCGGGCAUGUGGAUGUGGCUGUCGUGCUCAUCUUUCUUCCAGCAAUUUUUCCACUGCUAUUGCCCCGUCCGCUUUGGUCGAAAAAUUGAUCCAAAUGGUGACUUCAUUAGGAAGUAUAUUCCAGCGUUGAGGAAUUUACCAACUCGUUUCAUUCACGAGCCCUGGAUGGCACCGGAGACGGUACAACAAGAUGCGAAUUGUAUCAUUGGACGAGACUACCCACAACCGAUAGUCGACCACGCUAAGGCCUCGCAGGUUAACAUCGAGCGCAUCAAGCAAGUUUAUGCCCAACUCGCGAAGUACAAGCCACCAGGUUCAUCAAUUCCACAAGUUUUGCAAAGACCAAAUGUAACUCAAUCAUCUCCGAGUCCAACAUCAAUAAUUGCAAAUAUAAAUCAAUCAAGUUAUUUAUGUAGUCAGACAUCUGACUCAGCCUCACAGUCGUCUCCGGCUACACAAAUCAAAGAUGACGGGUUUCUCCGACCAGCUAAUAUCCGAAGCAUUGCGACAAAUAAGGCUACACCCUUUAAGCAGGUUGUUAUAAUACAACAGGAACGAAAUAAGCGGGAGCGAACUGUAGUCGAAGAUAUGAAUGGAUCAAACAAUGGUGAUACAAACAAAUCUAUUAAAAUGAAUGAUAACACCAAUACUACACAAAAUUUAGAAAAAUCAGGAAACUACGAUAUCAGGAAUUUACUUCUAAAUAAUUGUAUACGGAAGUUUUCUAGUGAUCAAUUGGCGUUUUUAAAUCAACGAACCAACAAAACCGAGAAUUUUACCCAAGAUAUUAAAAUAGAUGAAUACAGCACAAGCAAACCGAAAUUAUUUUUCACAGAAAAUGGAGUGAUGCCUUGUCAUGACAGCAAACAGAAAAUUACAUCUAAUAACUUCAGUAAUAAUAAUCACAGUAAGGAUAGUGAUACCAAAGUACAAUCUGAAGAUUCUAGUAAUGAACAUAAUAUGAACAUAAAAGAUAGGCCAACUCCAUCUGAUUCUCAGGAUAAUAUAUCAGAUAAUGAAAAGAAAUAAAUUGAUUAAAUAAAAUAUAAUUACAAACUUUUU